AGAUUCAUGAUGUUUUAUAGUGUUGGUUUGUAUGCUAAUUUUAGAUUUUAAUCUGUUUUUAGAGUAAUGGUUUUGGGAAAUAACAUUCCAUCUUCUUUUGCGGAUGUUUGACUACCCAAUAUUAGGUGAUAAUGAUCUGAUUUCACGGUCAUUUUGUAUGUAAGUAAAAACAAAUCUAUUGAUUAAGUGGUUGCAAAUGAUCAGAAUGACUCGUUUAAUUUACAAUCUAAAAUUGCAAGCAACUACUACCACUUUAUAUAUAGCAAAAUAAUCACCAAAAACAUAUAAAGGCUGAAUCCAGUAUAAUCACCAAAACAUAUAAAGUUCAAGUUCUUUUGCCAUUUAAGGUGCCUACUGUAGCCAGCUAUAACUAUAUUUGGUAUAUAACGUGAAUUUAAUAGUUAGAAAAAAAAUUAUCAUACAAUCACUAUACAAAAUUAGGUAUUCUAUUUGUUUUAAACCUUUGAUAGAAGAAUUCUGGCACCAACGUGAUAUCUCAGCUAAACAUGUUAUCAAACUCAUCAGCUCCAAGGUUUUGUCCUUUAACUUUGACGUAACUGAGAUAUGUUGUUUUGUGUAACAUGACAAAUUAUGCUUCUUUUAAUCUAGAAAAAAUGUUCAUAUUUACCGUGAUGGCUCGUUGACGGAGGAAACUGGAGUAAGAAGGAUCACAUUUCCGGAAAACCAUGAAGGGGCCGAAAUAGAGGCGGUGACUUCACCGGAGAUAUCAAAACCAAGGUUGUUCUUGACUACCUCAAACACACUUCUUAGUUCUUGAUGUAAUCACGCCUCUGGUCUUUCCCAAGAAGCCCUAACAAGCAUGGUCUAUUUUAGGGAUCACCAAUCUAUAAAACGCUACAAUAAACUACUCCUCCCAUUGUUUCAAACAAAGUUUGAAUUGUUCUAGUGAAUAUAACUAAGAAAGCUGAACAUAAAUGGUGCCAGGAUGUGAAGUGGCUUUGAGAAGAAAGUCAGUGUGCUCCCAACGAACUGCGUCUUCAGCAUUUAAUAAUUCAAAAUUCAUGCAUGAGAUCAUCAAACCCAAGUAAAAUCAAUGAGAGUAUUGUGGUAGUGAAUGCCAUUAGAAAUUUAAACUUCAUGUUGUCCCAUGCAUCGUAGGAUCCUCCCAUCAAGUCCACCUACAAAUUAAACCCAUUAACCAAAGUUAUAGUGUUUAAAAAAAAAGAUGAGAUUUCUAUGGAUGUGCUUUUGUGCUGAAUUUUCUUAUGUGUUUAACAGAUUCGUGGUAACUACAUAUUUUUCUUAGCUAAACAUUACGGAUGCUCAAAAAUCCUAACCACAGUGGCACAGUGAGUAAGUUUAGUGACUAGCUACUUUCAUAAGAUCAGUAAGACUUUUGGCCGCGUUCAGUAUAUGGUGAUAUCAAGGCAUGCACAACGAUUAUAAUUUAUAAACCACGAGCAGAUCUUAGAGGUUCUGGCAUUAGAAGCAUGUGAUAAGAAUGCUAGUAGAUAUUAAUGUUUUGCAAAUCUAGGUCAGAGUGAGUCGUUUUCGGACCGUUGUGCCUUGAGAUUGUUUUCGUGACAACGCUUCCAUAAAUAAAUUAAUCUUAAACACAAGUGUACAUGUGGCUUUUAAAAAUGAUCGACAGCUGAUUAAUCAAUUACUAUAAGAGAAUCUUUUUAUGAACUGAUCGAAUCUCAACGGUAACAAUCAUUGAUUGUAAUUCUAUAUACGCAAUGGUAGAUUAUAAUUUUUAAAGGCGUGUUGACAGAAUAAGUGGUAACUUGACGCCUAUAGCUUAAUUUGCAUGAAUAGGAGGCGGAUCAGGGGAAUUUGCAUCGCCACAAGCAGCCACCGUUGAACACAAAUCCACGAGAAAGAAAUGACUUGUUUUACUGAUGAUGGUGCUUGGAGAAAGGAUAGUCAUGCAGGAGGAAUAUAAUGGAUCAUGGGUCAUUAGAGAUACAAAUGGUCAAUCUUUUAAAAUUUGUGCCAUCGGUGUAAGCUCUCUGGCAUGUUAAAUCAUUCGUGGAAAUACAUAAUAAUGGUGACAAAUAAAUUGAAUAAUUGAACAAAUUGUCAAAAAUAUUACAACCACUAAAAUCGAUAGCCAACUUCUAAUAUUAAGUCAGUCACGACUCACUAGUACAAACCUGUCCCUGAUACACCUUUUACUUAUUCCUUAAAAUAGUAUAAAUUUUUAUGGUGGUCCGAACUUUUAUUUAUUUGGAAAAACGAUAACCAUGUUGAAGUUGAAAUGUUGACCCAAUGACUCGAGAUGUAUAUAUGAUUAGUAACGUUGUUUACUUGUUGAAUUUAUGAUGCACAUUGCACCAUAUAGGCUCCGAAUGGUAACAUCUAUCCCGCACCGCACCGUAGUUAACAGUAACAAAAACCUCUACAUAUACCAUAUAUCUAUACGUUUUUAUAACUGUCAGAACCGCACCGCAGUCAAACCGCUUGUCUUGCACCGCAGUCAAAAUCUAGUUAUUAUUAAGACUCAACAUUGCGAACUAACAUAUAUAUGGUUCUGCAUUAACAGCUAAGCAAGUUUGAAUCCACAGACAAGAGUUUCUGAUGAUUAUUAUUCUAUUAUCCAGAAACAACCUCGCGUUUUUAAGGCUCCCAAAAGAGUUGACUUCGCAUUCAGUAUUCAGUAUUAAAUUGAUACAAACUAAGAACAAUAACAAAAUUUUAUUGUAAUGUUAAUAAUGGACCUACCUCAUCCUUAUUCAUCAUCAACACUCUCUAUAUAAACCGCUAAAUCUAAUGUUUUAUUCACAUUAAACAAACACCAAAAAGUUCCCAGUAACAAUGAAAUCUCCGUUGAUCUUUCUCAUUACACUAUCAUUCUUUCUUCAAUCACUCCUUGUUGCUUCUCACAACCUAGCAAACUCUUCAACCAUCUGCAAAACGACGCCGGAUCCAAAAUACUGCAGAUCUGUUUUCCCACACAGCCAAGGCAAUGUUCAACAAUACGGCCGUUUCUCAAUCCGCAAAUCGCUAUCGCAGUCGCGAAAGUUCAUUCGUACGGUUGAUAAAUAUUUAAAACGCAACGCUCAUUUAUCUCAACCCGCCGUUAUCAGAGCUCUCCAAGACUGCCGUUUCCUCGCUGGUCUAACCAUGGAUUACCUCUUAACGUCGUUUCAAACAGUUAACGUCACGUCAGCGAAAUCAUCCUCCUCCAAAACGUUAUCGUUUCCAAAGGCUGAAGAUGUCCAAACGCUUCUUUCCGCAGCGUUAACGAACGAGCAGACGUGUCUGGAGGGACUCACAACCGCCGCUUCAUCCUCCGCCACGUGGACCGUAAGAAACGGAGUUGCGUUGCCUCUAGUCAACGACACGAAGCUCUUUAGUGUCUCACUCGCUCUCUUCACUAAAGGAUGGGUCCCAAAGAAGAAGAAACGAGCCGGGUUUGCUUGGGCUCACCCGAGAUCCGGAUCAUCCACCCACACUAAACCAUUUCGUCUGUUCCGUAACGGAGCUCUACCGUUGAAAAUGACGGAACGAACGAAAGCCGUAUACGAAUCUCUAAGCAGGCGAAAACUCACCGACGGUGAUGGAGACGACGGAAGCAUGGUCUUGAUAAGCGACAUCGUCACCGUGAGUCAAGACGGAACCGGAAACUUUACCAAUAUCACGGCGGCCGUCGCGGCUGCUCCGAAUAACACGGACGGAAGCGGCGGUUUCUUCUUGAUUUACGUGACGGCGGGGAUCUACGAAGAAUACGUUUUAAUAGCAAAGAACAAAAAGUACAUGAUGAUGAUCGGCGACGGAAUUAAUCAGACGGUGGUGACCGGGAAUAGAAGCGUCGUCGACGGUUGGACAACUUUCAAUUCCGCCACCUUUGCUGUGACAGCACCGAACUUCGUUGCGGUGAACAUGACUUUCCGGAACACGGCCGGACCGGAGAAGCACCAGGCAGUUGCGUUACGGAGCGGUGCAGAUUUCUCAAUCUUCUAUAGUUGUAGUUUCGAGGCUUAUCAAGAUACGCUCUACACGCAUUCUCUAAGACAGUUUUAUAGAGAAUGCGAUGUCUACGGAACUGUCGAUUUUAUAUUCGGAAACGCGGCUGUAGUGUUUCAGAAUUGCAAUUUAUAUCCAAGAAAACCAAUGCCGAACCAGUUCAACGCAAUCACGGCACAAGGCCGGUCUGAUCCGAACCAAAACACCGGUACGUCUAUCCACAACUGUACGAUUAAACCCGCGGAUGAUCUUGUUUCUAGUAACUACACCGUUAGAACGUAUUUGGGUCGACCGUGGAAGGAGUAUUCACGGACGGUUAUCAUGCAAUCGUACAUUGAUGGUUUUGUUGAACCGGUUGGUUGGAGAGAAUGGAACGGCGAUUUUGCAUUGAGUACGUUAUACUACGCGGAGUAUAACAAUACCGGACCUGGUUCAAACACUACAUCUCGUGUUACAUGGAACGGUUAUCACGUGGCUAAUUCUACUGAUGCAGCUAAUUUCACAGUCACUGGUUUGUUUCUUGAAGAUGAUUGGAUUUGGAAGACCGGAGUGCCUUACACCAGCGGUUUGAUUUCAUAAUAAUUUUUUUGUUGUUACUCUUGAUUAUUUCUUUUUAUUAAUUUAAUUUGAAGAAAGUGUAUUAUUUAUGUUUGAACUGUAACAACCGAAAACCAAGCUCAACGCGAAAGAAAUGUAGAGCUUUUUAUAACGAAGCUUUAAACAA